AUAAGGUGUCCCCAACUAUCCCCAUCUCACUAACCACUAACAAAGCCAAGGUCCACUGUGAUAGGGUAGUUCGUCAAUCCCACUGCUUACGCUGACUCUCGCAAGCAUCCAACAAGGCUGAAAGCUACCCCUCCAAACCCAUCAUAUAUCUCCCCCAGUCUCACCCUACUUCCCCUUUGAAGUGCAACCGUCAAACACCUUCUUCCUCAAAACAAAAAUGGCAUCCACCGUCUACCCCAACCUAGCCAAAAAGGCCACACUCUCCGACGGCACCACCUACGGCUACGUCCACGUCCCCGCCACGGAUGGAAAACCCACCUUCCUCUUCCUCCACGGCUACCCCUCUACCAGCUACGACUGGCGUCAUCAGAUCGCAUUCCUGCAGAAGGGCGGAUACGGUGUAAUUGCGCCUGAUUUGUUGGGCUAUGGCGAUACCGACAAGCCGACGGACCUCAAGGCGUAUCGUUUGAAGGUCAUGAGCCAGCAUGUGAUUGAGAUUCUGGAUCGCGAGGAUGUCUCUCGGGCGGUGUUGGUCGCGCAUGAUUGGGGCGUCGGUCUCGCCUCCCGCGUGGCAUAUUACUAUCCCCAGCGGUUCUACGGGUUCGUCAGCAUUGCCGUGGCGUAUAAUGCCCCUGGACCGAAGUUCGACCUUGACGGUCUCCUCAAACACACCGAAUCCCUCUUCGGAUACCCCGUCUUCGGGUACUGGCUGUGGCAUAACACCGAUGAAGCAGCUGAUGAGAUGGCAGCUCAUCCCCAAUCCGCUUUCAACCUCAUCUACCCGCAAGACCCUGCGAUGUGGAAAACCGAUCUCGCUCCCAUCGGCAAAGCAGCCGAAUGGGUCCGCUCGGGCAAAACCACCCCUCUCCCGUCCUGGCUCACUCAGGAAGACUACGAUAUCCAUCAUCGUGUCUUCUCGGAGGGAGGAUACGCCGGUCCGCUGUCGUGGUAUAAGGCUGCGAUUCGCGGCAUCAAUACCGAAGAUGAAGCGGACAUUGAGGGUGGAGUGGGGAAAUGCACUGUGAAGAAUCUGUAUAUUGCUGCGAAGCAGGACUAUGUUUGUCGGAUGGAGGUGGGGUCGCAUAUGACGACUACGAAUGUGGUGGAUUCGAGGAUCGAGGUGGUGGAUGCGGGGCAUUGGGUGCAGUUGGAGAAGCCGGAUGUUGUGAAUGAGUUGUUGGUUGGGUUUGCGGAGGAGGUUACGAAGUAAUUUUUACUUCUAUUCGGAGGGGAGGAGUCUUGGUGUAUGUAUCUAUCUAUGGAUAAAUUAUGUAAAUGCUUGCAAACCACGUUCAUAAUCAGGCAUCAC